AUGAGUUGCGAGCCGCUUCCUGAACGGCAGGAUGGUCUCCCUGAUGCGCUUGAAGCAGCUUCACGUCGUCCAUUCGAUGGUGUCUCUUUUGAGAAUCUCAAUAAGCCUUCCCCUGACAACCACGUUCUCAUCCUCACCAUGAUCAACCCAUCGACUGUACGGUACCUGGCCGACUUUUUCAAGACUGUAAGAAAACUGGAACAUCCCAACUUGUCCAUGGCAUUGCUCAUCAUCAAUCCCGGACCAACGACAGUCCAUGCCGUACGACAGCAUAUCGAGCAUACGCGAGUAGCAUUCCCAAUCAAGCUCUAUGUCAAAACAUACGAGGAUAGCAUCAUGUCGUUUAUCUUGACACCUGGCAAAGAGACUGUGUACGAGCUUCAACCUCUUCGACGAGCGGCUAUAGCGAGAGCGCGCAACUUUUUACUACAAUCAGCACUCGAAAGCAAGCAUCAGUAUACAUUGUGGUUGGAUCCUCUGCUGGCAUGGUUUCCAUCUACGCUUGUACAAGAUUUGAUAGCUGUGGAUGAAGAUAUUGUGGUCCCAAAUACAAUGAUCCAACGAGACGGCAAUGAAUGGGGUCACGACAAACGCAAUUGGCAAGAAACAGAACUCUCCAUUUCAUUAUCCAAGGAAGUACCCGAAGAUUUCAUCUUUAUGGAAGGCUGGCUUGAAUUUACUACGCAUCGAUUCUUGAUGAUUGAUAUGACUGAAAUGGAAAACAAGGUGCCAUUGGAUGGGAUUGGAUCAACAUGCAUAUUGACACGGGCCAGUGUUCAUCGUGAAGGCAUUAAUUUUCCCGCGUUCCCAUUUCGACAUCAUAUUGAUACGGAAGGUUUUGCGAAGGCUGCUGCUGCUGCUGGCUAUACAGUCUAUGGCUUACCUGCUUACAAGAUCUAUCACACCGGCAUCCCGGACAAUGGGCUACAUGAAGAUAACUUGUAG